UGCAGAAUCAAACACACUGAAGAUAAUGAAGAACUAACAGAGUUGAUUGAAGAAAACGAAGAGAAUGAAGAAUUGAGUGAAGCUGAUACGAAUAAUCAUGUCAAAACUGGAGAACUGAGCUGCUCUCAAACCAAACAGAAAGAUUUAAUGAAAAGAGGAGCCAAGAAAUCUUUCACCUGCACUCAGUGUGGAAAGAGUUGCACAUACAAACAUAAGCUUAAAGUUCACAUGAGAGUUCAUACUGGAGAGAAACCAUUCACUUGUGAUCAGUGCGGAAAGAGCUUCACUCAAUCAUCGCACCUUAAGAUACACAUGAACAUCCACACUAGAGAGAAACCGUUCACUUGUGAUCAGUGCGGAAAGAGUUUCACACAAUCGGCAAACCUUAAGGAUCACAUGAACAUCCACACUGGAGAGAAACCUUACAAGUGUUCACACUGUGACAAGAGAUUCAGUUGGUCAAGAGGCCUGAAAAAACACAAGGUAGUCCACACAGGAGAGAAACCGCACACAUGUGAUCAAUGUGGGAAGAGUUUUGCACUAAAACAACACUUUACGGCACAUGUGAGAGUUCAUACUGGAGAGAAACCGUACAAGUGUUUAUACUGUGACAAGAGAUUCAGUCAGUCAGGAAACCUGAAGACACACAAGAGGAUCCACACUGGAGAGAAACCGUAUCGCUGCACUGCAUGCGGGAAGUGUUUCAAUCAUUCAGCUUCUCUACACAGUCAUAGAAAAAACAAUCACAGUAAGUAGAUCAUCUUCAGAUCCAGCACUUUCAGAUCUGAUGCUGUGUCUUCACC